AGUGUGGGCUCUGCAGGCGGCGGCGGGUAGCCGUGCCCACCUCUUGGGGUGCAGGCGGCUCCCCCAGCCUGCUGCCCUCGGGCGUGAGCAACGUGCCUCCGCUCGCAUGGCAGCCAGGGCUGCUCAGGGAGGGCGAACGUCUCAGCCAAAGAAAGUCCUUUCCCUGCCCCCACAGCAAAGGCUCUGCCUCAAGCGAGGAUGGAGCUAGGAUGGGGCGAGGCUGGAGCAAGGAUGGAGCGAAGCUGGAGCGAGGAUCGGCUCCAUCUGCCCCGCUGCCCCCAGGAGAGCGCCUGAGCCGCAGGAUCCCUCCCCACCAUCCCUCCCCUACCCACAGUGCUGCCUCUCCCCCCCCCCUCUCUGCUUUCCUCAGGCUGGCGCCUUCAAUUAUUCAUGCCCCCCAUUGCAGACAGCCUGUGCACGCUGGGCUGGUGCCAUCGCCUUUCAAACCGGUGCUAGCUGGGAAGCUCCAGCCGCCUUCCCAGCCUGCCGGCUCCAGAGCAGGAGCAGGGCAGGGAGAGCCGUUCGGUGAGCAGCUCACAUUCCCGAGGAAGACAAGCCUGGCUCCUUCCUUGCAUCGUUUGCAAGCGUUAGUGUCUCACCGUCAAUAAAGCUGCUGUUGAAGGGCUGAAGGCUGGAGGGACCGGUGCCCCGGCUCCCCGGGGUACUGCCCUUCUCCUUUCUUACACACCCCGAUGAUUAUUCUAUCAAUUACUUUCAUAAACACUUUGCAUUCUGCCGGAUUUUUUCAUGCUUCCUGAUGGGAAUUCUCCACCCGAUGUGUUUUUCCUGCUGCUAUUCGUGCAGUCAUUCAACGCAAUUACUUCUGACACCUCUUCUCAUCAAAUGUCUGUGCUUUCUUUUCCCUUGAAGAAGCUGACAGACGAUGGGCCAGACACUGGGAAUUAUUACGUUAGGACAGUGACAGCUAAUUUUAAUCAUAACGUUCCCUGUGAGCGAGGCAGCAAAUCAAACAAACAGCCGGUGCGGCUGCGCACGGUCCGGGAGCCGUGGGCAGCGUUGCGGUGCCGGGGAGCGGGGACCCAGAGCGGGCCGAGGAGCCGGAGGCUCCGCUUCGCUUCCCGCUUCGGCAGGUGCCGCUCCGGGGGCCGGGGCCGGGCAGGCACCCGGGCAGGGACCCGGCUGGGCGCUCUCCCCUUUGCAGCUCCUCUGGGAUUUUGGUUCACGGUGCGAGAAAGACUCGUGCACCUCGGGACAGACAGCCCUUCCCGACCCCAUCCGCCGAUGGCUCUGGCUCUGUCCGGGCUCCUUUUCUCCGUGGCCAGUUCCCCUGGCUGCAGUUUUGCCUCCCACCUGGCUGCCCCCUCCCUGCCGCUCCAGCUGCGGUGGGCGUGCGGCCGGGCACCAGGGCUGUCGGCUGGGCUCGACCGUGCCGGAUGCGUUGAUGCCUUGCGCCGUGUGCUUUGUGCCGAGCUGUACCGGGAUGAGCCCACCGGCCAUGGGGCGGGCAGCGCCGGGCAGGAGGGCGCUGUGCCCGUGAGCACCGGGUGCUGCCGGCUCUGCGGGACAGGUACCAGCACCGUGCAUGGCGUGGGCAGCCCUCUCCGCAGCGGUUGCCAGUGUCGAUGGCUCAUGUUUUGGGUGCUGGGCAUGAGACCGGGGGGGCUGAUCUGCAGUGGAGCGGAGCUUCUGUCUGCCCCAUCCCGGUUCCUGCCCGCUGCCAGGUGCCCUGCCUGCUGGGAAUCAUCUCCUGCCUGCUGGGAAUCAUCCCCUGGCAGAGACCAGCACCAAGGCGAGUGGCGGCUGAAGGACGGCUGCACAGCGCUGCCGAGGGUCCCACCGGGAGCUGUUGUAACAGGCCAUUUUAGGGUUUUUGCUACUUAUACUAUCAAAUAACUGCUCUUCCUCAUUCCCCUCGGGAGGGAAUUGUCUGAGAACCACGACUCCCCCGGAGCCAGCUGGGAGCAGCCAGUCCCCUUGCCUGGGGAAAGCUCCUCAUAGCCAGGGCCGGGCUGGGAAAGGAUUGUCACCGCUGGCGUCUCUUUUGCCGCGGCGGUAAAACCCGGGCAGUGGGGAGGCUGCUGGGAGGGCAGGAGCUGGGGGACAGCCCAGCCAUAAUGGUUCACUGUUAGAAAUACUCGCAGGUUUCAAGGUUAAUUCCAGCUCCCUGGCAAGGUGGGCUCUGGCCUGAUCACAGUCACUGAAUUAGCUGGAUUUUUUUUUUGUUUUUAAUUUAUGCUGCAAAUUUGAGCUAAAUCUGCUGCUAAUAUGACAGUAAAUAGGGGCAGAGAAAUGGCACUCCCGUCCCCAGCGUGCCAGCGGGAGCCCUCCCAUCCCCGGCCAGCGUUUGCAGCACUCCAGCCUGACACUUCUCUUGGAAAUUGCCGGAGGAGAGCAGCGCUCCUGCGGUGCCGGGGCCAGGCUGCGAGUGGCUCGGCACUGGGUGGGUGCUCACCAGGCCGGCACCCGCCAGCACGGCCAGGAGCUGCCCGAGUGCAUCUGUGGCUGGAUCCGUCCCGGGCUCCAGCCCCAUCCCUCAUCCCGUCCCCGCCGGCCGCUCACCACCGAAGCCCUUUGCCCUGGCACAGCUGCCAGAGUUGGAGCUGCCUGCCCUGCUCUCGCCGGUGACACCGUCCAUCGCACUGCUGUGUUUAUGUACCGCUUUGUGGCCAUGAUGUGUUUUUGGCGACCCGAGGUCAGCAUCCCUGCUCGCAGGCUUGUCAGGAGGAGAUGCAUUCGCAGAUGUUAACGGGCAGAUGGGAAGAGGAGGGAGGUUUCAGCCCAACCUGCAUAGCACACACCAGCAACCCUCACGUCCCUGCUGCGGGGACAGCGUGGGCCCGGCACAGCCAGCGUGCUGGAGCGGUACGCAGGCUUCUGCUCCCAGGUCCCCCCGGGGGAUGCCUCCUGGGCCCCAUGGCACCAAGGAGGAUCCGUCCCUCCUGCGGUUACUGACCGGUGCACGUGCCGGGAUGCGUCUCAAGCGCCUUUGCCGCCGGCUGGACAUCGGUGCCUCUGCAGUCAACUGUCCCCCUCCAUCAGCCGGGGGAACACGGGUACCUGGGGAGGGGAAGGCGCCGUCGGCUGCAGUUGCUGUCAGACGCGUUUGCUUUUCCUGCAGCGGUGCAGGCGCGCGGGGCGGCACAAACCCAUCGGGUCGGGAGCCAGCCCCAUGCUGGGGAUGCAGGGCAGGGUUUGUGUGGACUCGCCAGUGGGCAGGAGCAGGAGCAGGAGCAGGCCCUCGGCAGCCAUCCCCAGGCUGAGCACUGCCGACAGCCCUGGUGCCGAGCUGGAGAGCAUGGAGACAGCGGGGCUGGGGGGCACAGGGAGGGGAUGGCUGUCUCGGCACCUCCGCAAGGUUCUCUCUGGGGGAUCUCCAUACACAUGCUCCGCAGCCGGCAGGGAGGGAGCAGCUCGGCUCUCCUGGCAGUGCCGCCUGCUUUCUUCUGCCUCAUUUUGCCCCGUGGUGGCGGGGGGGCCCUGGUGGCAUCUGUGCUGGGAGCUGCCGGUGGUGGAAAGCCGGUGUGAGAGCGGUGCAGCCCCCAGGGUGGGUGGGUGGUGAUGGCCACACCGACCUGCCGGUACCCUUGGCAGAUCUGGGUGCUGGUGGGGACCGGCUCGCCUGGACGCAGCCUGGGGGGCCGAGCGGUUGGCGGGACGCGGCUUCUGACAGCACUUGGGGCCAGACUCCAUCGGAGCUGCCGGGGGCAUGCCUUCAGCCAGGCUUGGGGUGCCCCUCGCCCCAGCGCGGACCCAGGGCUGCAGUGGCCAUAUCCAGGGCCAGUUCCCUUCCCGCCGUGUCUCAUGGCACACUCCUGCUGCCGGGGGCGUGGGGAGGGGGCCGCCGAGGGAGCGGAUGACAGGAGUGUGAGGCUGAGCCAGCAAUUAGUCCUCUAAGUGUCUUGACUCACCGAACCAUAAUAAACCAUGAAUUAUGACUGGGAGCUUUGUGAAGGGAAGAAUAAGCCACACUUGAUCGCAGCCCAUGGCAUAACAGCGGCAGCCGGAGGGAGGGACGAGGGGCGGCAGAGGCGGCACGGUCCUGCACCCGCCUGCCCGGGGGCAUCCUCCUCCCCUGGGGCUGGGGGAGGCUGGGAAGCCCCCAGCCCCUGUCCCUGCCCAGCGCAGGACGGAGCUAGCCCCCCGCCACCGCCGCCUGCCGCCCCUCCGGCCCGGCUGCAGCUCUGGCGAGGGGCUGCUGCUCGUUUAGGCAGAGAAAGAAACAUCUGAUUGACCAGUGCUGUAAUGGUUUGGUGGGGUAAAUAACUCGUGGAGCAAGCACGAGUGCUAACUAGGUGACUAACACGCAUUUGCAAACGUUCAGUAUGUAUUUAAUCGUCCUCCAAUAUAUGUUUACACGAACGCUAACCUGAGGGCAUGCCCACAUCCCUGUUUAAGCCAUGGCUGUCCCAGCAGCCGGCGGCUGGUGCCUUGGGGGGGUCCGGGAAAGCCAGCUCGGCUCCUUGCAGGGCUCCACCAAAACUGCAGGCAGCGGGCAGGGUCCUGGCCAGGCUCGCCGGGGCUGCGUGGCCUUGCGUGCUCCACAGGGCAGGGACAGCAGGGGGGACAGGGCAGGGGGACGGGGCGGGGGUCUGGUGGGUCAUUUCCAGGUACCCAGGGUGAUGCACGACCUGGCCUUGCCCCUGGCACGGGUGGGUGGGAGCCACCCUUUCCCCACUGCCCGCUCGCUGCCGGCAGCCCUCCUGCCCAUGCCGAGCGGGGGCCGCAGUAAUGAAUCCUGCCCGCCGUGGGGAGGGAGCGUGGCAGCCUGUAUAUCUCCGGUUUAUGAGAGCACCAAGCUGUCCCAGCAGGCGUUUUCAAUUCCGUUUAUCUGUGUUUCCCCAUUGAGUUCAUUUUAUUUCCCCUGAUUUUUGUUUCCUGGAAGAUUUAUUGAUCCUGAUUUGCUCAGUUUAUGACAGGUAGCAGGCCAUAAAGCACGCGGAGCAGCCAGCCCGUCGCCAGCCCCCUCCCUUCCCCUGCGAGGACACGGCACCAAUGUCAGCGGCGGGGAGAAGGAUGGUGCUGGGUACGGAGGGGCCUGGGGCGGGCAGGGGGCCGGGGCGCUGGUCAGCUCUGGCACCUCGGCUCUCCCCUGUCCCCACCAGCGGUGUCGGUGGGAGCAGGGUCCGGGCAGCUUGGCCGCCCCAGUGCGGGGUCCGUGCCCGGCUGUGGGGCUGCUCGUGGCUGGGGGCUGCCCGGGGGGAGCCGGGAUCUUCUCUGCCCCUCUGUUCCUCCCCAAAGGUGGCCUGUCCCGGUGGCCCCAUGGUGGCAGGGGGCUGGGGGUCGAGGGGGCUCUGCGGACCCAGAGUGCCUUUCCACCCUACUGCCACAGCCCCUCCCGACUGACCUCCGGCGGGUCCCCAAACUGCCCAUCACUUCCAGACGCCACAGCCCCGAUUAAAGCAAUUCUUUGUGUUACCAUUGCCAGCAGCCGCGGGUCUGGCACUCCUGCCCUUUGCUUCGGCGUCUGCUGCCGCACGGGGCGGGGGGGGUCGGUCUGGCUCGGGCGCCCGGUCACCGACCGGUGCGCGGGACGGAGGGUGCCCGGCAGACGUGGCUGUGCCGGGGCUCCAGCUGCAGCCUGCCCGGGGCUGAGCCAGCCAAGGGGCUGCGUGUCAGCUCAGUGUGAGGGUGGUUUUUAGCACGCCCUGGAAAAGCACAGUUAAAUGCUCGUGCUGGAGUUCAGCAGCUCUGCAAACACUCGAGCUCUCGGAUUCCCACGUGGGGGUUGGCUCCACGGCCCACCCGGUACCGACCACCCGUCCCAUCCCGUGCAAAGGCUGCGCAAGUGAGCGCGGACCGGGUAGACCAAGAGAGGUCUGCCCCCAGCAAAAGGGUGACUUGAUGACACUGGUCACUUGUUCCUGCAGACACAGAGCCCGGAGAUGCCUCUGCCUCCUCCUCGCCUCACCAAGGCACCCUGUCCCCGAUGGCCCAGCCGCAGCUCUCCCGGGCGGCUCUCGUGGCAAAAGGGCUUCCCUGUCCCCCGGGAGCUGCCGUCCCCCUCUGGUGUUUCUGGCCGGUGUGGGGCUCAGCCCGCUCUCCUGGCACCUCUCCUGGGCCAUCAGCCACAUUCCGCUCUCGUGGUGCCACGUGGGACUGUCCUGCCAUGAUCCUGGGGCUGGGGGCCGCGCCAGCGGUGGCCUGGCUGCCCCCCCAUCUGGGGUGUCCCAGGGUGACUACUGGGACCGGGAGGGCCAGCACAGCCCAGUGCCCUGCAGGCACCAGCUGUGUUGCAUCCCUUGGCACUGGGGUCCUGGAGCCCCCUCCCCGCAGAGGGACCAUGGGGUAGGAAGCUGGGAUGGAUGGGGCUGGCAGUGAGGCAGAAGAGGGGGACGAAGGGCUGGGAUGUGGAGGGCGGGAGGGAGGGACCGGCCUCACCUUCCCUCCUGCUGUCAGACCUUAUUGUCCGUCCAUCCAUCCCUCUUUCACGGGUUGGUUUAUGGACUGACUGUCUGUUAGGAGCUUCCAGCUUGUCGCUCACAGCUGCUGCGCUGGGGAAGUGGGGAAGGGCUGGCCAUGGGGAGGGGGGUCGGGGUUCUGGAGACAGCAGUGGGCUCUGCGGUCCCCAGGGAUGCUGUGGGAGGGGGCUGCCGGGGCAGGGGCUGCCGCGGGGCCGGCAGGUCCAUCAGCGGGACCUGCCCUCCUUUGGAUACACUUUGAGGCGGCCAAGCCCUGGGGUUAAUUAAUACAUACGCUUCCCAAUUAAAAUCUGAAAGAAAGAAGGUGCUUGAUUCAAUCAAGCCUUCUCUCCGCUCAUCUGCCAAAUUCCCGUCUGUGGGAGCGGAUUUUAAUUGUGUUCAGAGUCAUUUGGACACGGCUGGAGCCCUCAGGUCAUCGUCCCUGCCUCUGCUCCGCAUGCCUGGCCAGGGCCGCGGGGUCCCGGGGGGCUGGCGCAGGCUCUGCCGGGACCCUCUGGCUUUGGCCAUCGCUCCUGCCGUCAGGAAUCCUGCGGAGCAAAAGCCCGAUCCCGGGCCAUGGCUGGGGAACAGGUGGGCGAGUGUUGGUUAAUGGCUGGACGUAACGGCCCCAGCAUCACCGCAGCAGGAGCACGGAUGAGCCCUUUGCCGAGGAGCAGCUGGCACCAGGCAGCGCCAGACCCUCCUGCUCUUCCUGCAACCCUCGACCACCGGAGCUGUUCCCCGGCCCGGGAUUCCCUCCGGCACAGAGCCCGUGCGGCUGCCGGCACCGGGGUCCCGGGCGAACGGGGGUGCAGGAGCCGUGCCGGGAAUCCCACCGGGAGACCCGGGUUUGUUAAACCCUUAUGUUGGGUAUUUCCCUCAGUUCCCCUGCUAAGAUGGAUUAAAGGAAAGCGAUAAGUAUAUGGGAUUUCCAUGCGUCCGGAGGGACGGGGAGAUAUUAAAGGUAUUAACUUUUCUGUCUGGGCUGAUAAUAAUUCAUUUUCAGAGGGGAUCAGGGCUUGGCGAGAAGCCCCAGGGAGCUACACGCCGCUCCCGACGGGGUGCGUGUCCCAGGGGGUUCCGGUGGCACCGGAGGGACCUGCGCGGUGACUGUGAGCCGGCAGCGCCGGUGGCACGAGGUGACUGGUGAAGACGGGAGGGCACAGGGCACCCGGUGCAGAUACAGCAGGACCCUGGUCCGGCCUCUGUGACCCACCGGGGCUGGGCACCACGUGCCGCAGCUCAUGGCGAGGCAG